GCACCUCAGAAAGUUGGGGUUGCUCUAGUUGGUGAUCAACCUCUCGAGUGCGUUGAGUCAUGCACCUUGGCUUGUCUUUUAAAUUUUCUUGAACGUGUUUUCCUAAGCUCAUAUGCGGUUUUGUCCAUCUGGGUGAUUGACUUUUUUGUUUUGUUUUGUUUUACGUUUCUUCCUGAAUCAAAAGCCACCCUCAUUACUUGCAGCAAAACUGGCUAUUGUUGACCCUCUUUAGCGUUUUUAGUCCUUGAGCUACUAUUUGCCCCAGGGUGAUAUUAGUCGUUGGGGCUAUUCUUUCUCUUAGAAGCCAUUGACGAAGGAAGAACACACUUUGACUGAAUCCUAAAGAGACAGGACCAUGGAAGAGACAUUUGUACCAUUUCGAGGAAUCAAGAAUGACCUUAAAGGAAGACUAAUGUGUUACAAACAAGAUUGGACCGGUGGCUUUAGAGCAGGCUUCAGGAUUCUGGCUCCCACCACAUAUAUAUUUUUUGCUUCUGCAAUACCGGUCAUUUCAUUUGGAGAACAAUUGGAGCGAAAUACUGAGGGAGUUCUGACAGCCGUUCAAACCUUAGCAUCCACUGCCCUUUGCGGGAUUAUACACUCGAUCAUUGGAGGUCAACCUUUGUUGAUUUUAGGUGUUGCGGAACCCACUGUGAUUAUGUACACAUUCUUGUUUAAUUUUGCUAAAGAGAGACCAGACUUGGGAAGGAAUCUGUUUCUAGCAUGGUCUGGAUGGAUAUGUGUCUGGACAGCAUUAUUGCUGUUCUUACUGGCCAUCUUAGGAGCUUGCUCCAUUAUCAAUAGGUUUACCCGUGUGGCAGGAGAAUUAUUUGGUCUGCUAAUAGCAAUGCUCUUCAUGCAGCAAGCUAUAAAAGGACUUGUAGAAGAGUUUCGAAUCCCGAAGAGAGAAAAUACAAAUUUAACUGAGUUCAUACCUUCAUGGAGAUUUGCAAAUGGCAUGUUUGCUUUGGUUCUGUCAUUUGGCCUUCUUAUAACUGCAUUAAGAAGCCGGAAGGCAAGGUCAUGGCGAUAUGGUUCUGGUUGGCUUCGAAGCCUAAUAGCAGAUUAUGGUGUACCGCUUAUGGUGUUAGUUUGGACAGCUGUUUCUUACAUACCAACCAGCAGUGUUCCAAAAGGGAUCCCACGGCGCCUCUUCAGCCCAAAUCCAUGGUCACCUGGUGCAUAUGAUAAUUGGACCGUCAUUAAGGAUAUGCUGGAUGUUCCUGUUCUCUACAUAAUUGGAGCUUUCAUUCCUGCAACAAUGAUUGCUGUGCUUUACUAUUUUGACCAUAGUGUAGCAUCUCAACUUGCUCAGCAGAAGGAGUUCAACCUGAGAAAGCCGUCUUCUUACCAUUAUGACUUGCUUCUGUUGGGAUUUCUGACCUUGUUAUGUGGUCUGAUUGGAAUCCCUCCAGCAAAUGGAGUUAUCCCACAAUCUCCAAUGCAUACAAAGAGUUUGGCUACUCUCAAACACCAGUUGCUUCGCAAUAGACUGGUUGCAACAGCCCGCAAAAGUAUGAGAAAAAAUGCUAGCUUGGGACAGCUGUACGGGAAUAUGCAAGAAGCCUAUCGACAAAUGCAGACCCCUUUGAUCUACCAGGAGCACUCAACUCGGCAGGAACUAAAGGAAUUAAAAGAAUCGACCAUUCAUGCUGCGACUAGUAUGGGACACAUGGAUGCCCCAGUUGAUGAGACAGUCUUUGAUAUCGAAAAGGAAAUUGAUGAUCUGCUACCUGUUGAGGUCAAGGAACAGCGCGUCAGUAACUUGCUUCAAGCUAUAAUGGUGGGAGGAUGCGUUGCAGCCAUGCCUUUCCUCAAAAAGAUCCCAACCUCAGUUCUAUGGGGCUACUUUGCAUUCAUGGCAAUUGAAAGUUUACCAGGGAACCAAUUCUGGGAAAGAAUCUUAUUGCUCUUCACGGCACCUAGCCGAAGAUACAAAGUUCUUGAGGAGUACCAUGCUACUUUUGUGGAAACAGUGCCUUUCAAGACCAUAGCAACGUUCACCAUUUUCCAAACAACUUAUCUGCUCAUAUGUUUUGGACUAACGUGGGUUCCGAUUGCUGGACUUAUGUUUCCUCUAAUGAUCAUGCUUUUAGUUCCUGUAAGGCAGUACUUUCUGCCCAAAUUUUUCAAAGGAGCCCACCUUCAAGACUUGGAUGCGGCAGAGUAUGAAGAGGCACCAGCUUUACCAUUUAACCUUGCAACAGAGGGAGAGCUGGGUGCUGGAGCAUCCCAUAUAGAUGAAGGAGAGAUUUUAGAUGAAGUUAUCACAAGAAGCCGGGGUGAGUUCAGGCAUGUUAGUAGUCCUAAGGUCACAAGCUCCACACCAACGCCAGAAAAUGGCCCAAAAAGCCUUCAGAGCCCGAACUCUACAUACAGUCCUCGUGUCGGUGAGCUUAGAGGGGAGCAAAGUCCCCGUUCUAGUGGUAGAGGACAUAGUCCAGGGACUGGAGAAGUGAGAUUAUCUAAUCUUGGAAAGAGUCCUAACACCUCAUCAAAAUAGGGGGAAGAAAUAGACUUUAAGGCUAGUGUUAUCUUUUCCCUUUGUAAGAAGUUUUCAAUUGCUUGUUCAUUUCCAUAUUGCCGUCUGCUUUGCUUUUUUUGGCUGGGGCAUUGUAAAGUCUGCCUUCUUUGUACUCCCCUGCUUCAACAAGA